CAAAAGCAGAGUUCAGUGAUCGAUGUUACGUGUGUAACAAUGUAAUCAUCCGUACUGAACUGAGAUAAGAAGAGGAUAUAAUUAACAAGUAUUUCAAAUAAUUAAAUGGCCUUAUUGUUUACAAGCAUGUGGGACUCGACAAUGUUCCUGAGUACACUGACACCAAAGUUUUACGUAGCAUUGACUGGAACAUCAUCGUUGAUAUCCGGGUUGAUAUUGAUAUUUGAAUGGUGGUAUUUUCGUAAGUACGGCACAUCAUUCAUUGAGCAAGUAUCAUUGAAUCAUAUAUCACCUUGGAUCGGAGGUAACGACAGCGCAUCUGAUAACAAUAACACAAAUAUAAACAAUACUAAUAACUCGUCUAAUCAACAGAGUGUACCGGAGUGUAAAGUAUGGCGUAAUCCGAUAAAUUUAUUUCGCGGUGCUGAGUACCAACGUUUUUAUUGGGCAACUAAUAAAGAACCAUUGACAUAUUAUGAUAUGAAUCUUUCAGCACAAGACCACCAAACAUUUUUUACUUGCGAAGCUGACACCGGCAAAGCUGAGUACGAGAUUAUGCAGACGGCUUGGCGUGAACGAAAUCCUGUAGUGAGGAUAAAAGCUGCGCACAGUGCUCUUGAACACAAUGCCGAAUGUGCUCCAGCUUAUAUUUUGUUAGCUGAAGAAGAAGCCACGACGAUAUUGGAAGCUGAAAAAAUUUUAAAACAAGCGCUAAAAGUUGCUGAAAAUAAUUAUAGAAAAUCACAGAAUACUCAACAUCAAGGUACUACUGCUGAACUACGUCGGGAUACAAAUGUGUUGAUUUAUAUCAAAAGACGGCUAGCAAUGUGUGCUAGAAAACUCGGUAAAUUAAAAGAAGCCGUUAAAAUGUUUCGUGAUUUAACAAAAGAAGUACCGCCAAUAAUGAAUGUAUUAAAUAUUCAUGAAAAUUUAAUAGAAGCGUUAUUGGAGAUGCAGGCGUACGCUGAUGUACAAGCUGUUUUGGCUAAAUAUGACGACAUAAGUUUGCCUAAAUCAGCGACAAUAUGUUAUACAGCAGCUCUGCUAAAAGCUAGACUAGUUGCGGAUAAAUUUUCUCCGGAUAUAGCCAGCAAGCGGGGAUUAACUACUGCUGAGAUGUCUGCUGUCGAAGCUAUCCAUCGGGCUGUUGAAUUCAAUCCUCAUGUACCAAAAUAUCUAUUGGAAAUUAAGCCUCUUAUUUUGCCACCUGAACACGUAUUGAAACGAGGUGACUCGGAAGCUAUUGCAUACGCUUUUUUUCAUUUAUCGCACUGGAAGCAAAUGGAAGGUGCUUUGAACCUUUUGCACUGUACGUGGGAAGGAACCUUCAGAAUGUUACCGUACCCAUUGGAACGUGGUCAUCUUUUUUAUCCGUAUCCAACUUGCACCGAAUGCGCAGAUCGUGAAUUGCUGCCGUCAUUUCACGACGUCAGUGUUUAUCCUAAGAAAGAAUUGCCCUUUUUUAUUUUAUUUACUGCUGGACUGUGCUCAUUUACGGCUUUGCUGGCUCUUCUGACUCACCAAUAUCCUGAUACAAUGGGUGUUGUCGCCAAGGCAAUGCUCGCUUGGCUUUCUUUACCUUUUUACUAUAUCCUUGAUAAAUUAGAAGCUAUCUUACCAUCAAAUUUGUUACAACAAUUAUCAAGAAUAUAAAAUUAGCUUAAUUAUUUUAAAAUUAUAAUUAAUGAUCAAUGAUAAAUGUUGUUUUUUAAUUGAGUUGUAUUUAAUGUGAUAUUCUUAAAACAUUUAUUGUAAUAUUUUUUAUUCGUUUUUUUUUUUUUUUUAAUCACGAGAAUCUCGUACAGACUUCCAAGGCCCUUAGGACUGAUUUAUUAUUAAUUAACUAAUUGUAUUUAUUUAGUGUAUUUUUUUGUUUAAUAGUUUAUAAUUAGUGUGACUAUGGCAAAUGUACAAAUAAAAGAAAAAAAAAAUUAUAAACGCAUAAUAAAAAAAAUUUAACUAUUU